AGCAGAGAGAGUGGGGGUGUGAGUGUGUAUGAGGGCGGGCCGGAUUAAAGCUGCUGUCAAAACACAGCAAUUUGUUCGGAUGAUGCAAAAGCAGGGAAGACUCUGUCGUUAAGUUUCUUUUUUGCCGUUUUUGUGAGCAUGGGCGCGGGCUUGUUCCUGUCGGUUUAACCUGACGCGGCGGUCUGCGGUUCUCUCUGGCCGGAGAAUGAUAAUGCAGAGAUUUUGCAGACACGCAUAACUGCGGGAUAGUGUGUUAGCGGUUUAAGGACAUCUGCUAAAUUUUGGGCCAUGCCUCUGAUUAGCCUGGACGAUGAGGAUCAGAGAUGGGUCCCGACCCACGUCAACGUAACCAUCCUUCGGGCCAGGGCGCUGCGGACCAAGGGCAAGCAGGGCAGCCGCUAUGUGUACACCGUUAUCCAGCUGGGGAAGCUGAAGUACACGACGGGACUGGCAGAGAAAGCGGCCGAGCCCGAGUGGAAUGAGGAGUGUUCACUGGAGCUGCAGCCCGGCCUGCUGGAGUGUGUGGGGGCGCAUCCCCCCGGCAGCGGGCAUCUGAUCCUCACCGUCAUGCUCCGAGUGCUCAUAGGACUCGACGUGUUCCUUGGCGAGGCCGUGGUGCCUUUGGAUAAGCUCUUUCAGAGUGGGACGUGUCCUAGGAACGAGUGGCUAAAGUUGCACUCUAAAGCUGGGAGGAAGGAGAAGGAGCGAGGAGAGCUGCAGCUUACCAUCCAGUUUACUCGCAAUAACAUGACAGCCAGCAUGUAUGAUCUGACCAUCCAGGACAAGCCUCGCUCAGCCUUCGGCAAGUUGAAGGACCGUGUCACAGGCAAGAAAAGAGGAGACGUGGAGUCCUCCUCAGCCAUCCUUCCAGGCCGCUAUGCCGCUCUGUCGGGCUCAACAAGUCAGUCAGUCCAGGAGGAUGGUGGGGGAGAGAACCCAGUACAGGACGAGUGUACUGACGAAGGCAAGAGCAAGGUGAAGGGCUUCUUUCUGAAGGGGAAGUUGAGAAAGAACUCAGACACACGCUCCUGUUCCUCAUUGGCCUCAGAGAGCAGUAUGGCAUCGUCAGCAGGGGACCCUUUUGUUCCCAUAGAGCUAUGCAGCACACCUGUCUACACCAGCAGAGUGGUGGAGCCUUUCCGCACUGACUCGGAUGGGGGAGUCAAGGUGAUGACCCACAAGCGUGCACACAGUGAUGAGGCCAGUAAGAUCACAGUUGCCGCACGUCCCAAUACAGCUGUAGAGAGUGUAAAAGGCCAGAACAUGCUGCUUUCUAAGUCCACCCUCUGCAUCAAUGGCAGCCAUGUUUACUCUGAACCCAUCUACUCCAAGGGACCUGGGAGUCUGCCAAUCAAGCGCACGCUACUAGAGAAAUGCUCUCCUUUAUCACGCUCUCUGCAGAAUCUUACUCGCCGCAGUGAAGACACCCAGAGGCGUAGCUCCAUUGAUAAGAGCAAAAAGGAGCUUGAGGGAGAUGCUGAGGGUUCCUCAGGCCUGACUGCGGGAGUCACCAUCUCUGAAGGGAAGCCGGUGUAUGCCACGGCCCCACUGGUGAUGGCGUCUUCCACUACAGAUGUUGCAGAUAAAGGGAAGAAGCUGAGGAAGACUUUGUUCUCCAGUGGAAGGAGUGACUCUCUCCCAGCCAAACCGGAGCAGGGUCAGGAGGGACGUCUGCGUGGAUGGUUUGGUUCCACUGAUGCCCAAAACAAGCCAAGGCUGGGAGUUCCUCCUAAAGUAGAAAGCAGCCCAGAAUCAUCCGCUUCCCUCUCUCCCUGCCACCCCAUUCGAUCACCACGCUCUCUUCCCCUAGUUUCUACUACUAGCCACAUGUCAUCCUUUCCUGUUGGCCCUCACUCUAAUCCAUUCUCCCAUCCCUCACCUCCGCCACCCUCCAUCUCCCCUACCAACCCUUUCCUCACGCGACUACAAAGGAACCCCUUUUUUGAAGAGCUCAUAGCAGAAGAAGCUCUAAAAUCUCCGCCUGCGAUUUCCGGUUACCCCAACUCUCCAUUCAGCCAUUACCCAGCAUUCCCUGGGAGGAGUGGUCUUCCAAGCACUGUCCGUGAUAGCACACCAAACAAAAUAUUCUCUAUAAAGAGAGAGAGGCCUCGGAGUGUAGCUAGGCAGAGGUCCCUCCCUGCCUUAAUGCCUGGGACACCCGAGACUGCUACUGUGAACUCUGCUAAUGCAAUGCAAGCAAGCCGUCCUUCAUCUGAGAGUAGAGGGGAAUGGGAUGAAUUUGAAGCUUUGGCUACUAGCCGUCUGAAAUCGCCAGUUGCGACUCCUCCUCGACCACUCUCAGCCAUAAUCUCUCCUUCACCUCCUAACUCUUAUCCAGUUGAAUACUGCAGUACUGAACCAAAAAUGGGGAAUAUAGUUGAUGAAAGAACCUCCAAGGACUACAAUCUACCUGCUUUAGCCUCACGAAGACCAAUGAGGACCCCGGUGCCCUUUCAAGAGAGGUGCUCAGACGGUUGGCUAGACCGAGCACAGGAGCUUGCAGUCCAAAAAGAAGCUUGUGUGCUUUUCCAAACAGAUUUGGCUUCAAUACGUCAUCGAGAGAGACAUAGAGAGGCAAACAACAAAGUUUCCCAUUUACAUAAAGAUUUGCACUGUGCUACUCUGGAGCAGAAUGUAAACAUAUAUCCAACUUCGCAAACUGUACAAAUGCCCAGAGAUGAAAAUCUGAACAGUUUAGAAAAUGGACAAGACACAGGCCCAAAUAUUGCACUAAAGAAUUCACAAUUUGGGUAUGAACACAUACAGCAAAACUCCCAGAAUUCUGCAAGUGAUCACACUGUGCCCAGUACACCCUUUUGCCCCUCAGACUGUGAUACAACUGUGAGCGAAUCACUGUGCAGUGACUUUCAGGUCCAGAUAAAUCCCGAAUCCUCCUCUGAACCAAAGCCCUUUUCUGAUCAACAGAUUAAAAACAUAAUCACUGCUGGAGACAUCGCUACUCCAGAUUCCAAUAACAAUAAUACAAAUGACACUUCUGAGUUUGCUUUUAUUGAUUGUGACAGCUCAGCUUCAGAUGUGAACCAGACUACUUUUGGAAUGAUAAAUAAAGACAAUAACAAGGCACCAAGCCAGUGCCCAGAUGCUACAGAUUUUGAUUCGUCUGGGAUUUUGUCCAUAUGUGGUUUCUCCGCAGUGCCCCCUCAAGAUUUAUUAACCAGAAUGGCAGAGCUAGAACCUUUUUCCCCGAAGGAAACCCCAGAUACUGUUGUUAAAAGUGGAUUGUCCGACAAUAACCACUCUGAGAAACCCUGUGACAAUGUAGAACAACACAGCGUCCAGCCACAUUCAAAUAUUAUGCUAAGGUUUGAAUCUGAGGAUUCCAAUCACAAAGAAAGCUCUGUAAGUCCACAAACAAUCCCCCAACAAGACAGGGAUGACCGGAUUGUGACGGCACAGCUUAAACCUGAGGCAACAGAGGACAAUGUAGGCUUAGAUACACCACAUGAAGUUGGAUGCUGUCUGAUUUAUGACAAGAUUAAGACUAAAACAGCUGAACUCGAGCCAGAAGUGAAUAGCUUCAGUGUUCCUGUUUCAGAGAGCCACAAGAUCAGUGAGUCACCUUCGACUCUCACAGAUGGCAUCAGUUUCGAGGACUUGCAUGCUCGAGUAGCACCAAGAGGCUCAAGAAGCCCUUCCAAAACUGAAGUUAGAUCAGCACGCAUUAGAACACAUUCCACUUCGAGCUCCCCCAAGACUGACCCCGGCGCAAACUCAACCAAACCUUCACUGUCUUUGCAUAAGAGUCCAACCCCUUCUUUCUCCCAUCCUAAUGCCACUUCAGACCCCAGCCUGUCCGCACUCAUGCACUGCCCAACCACAAGGCCCGGCUUGGGAAGCACUCUGACCGAGGCCUCUUACACCACCUCCACACUCCAGCACCAGGCUACUGCAAAGCACACACUUACUUCUGAGGAGGCAGAGCCAGCUAGCAGUCACCCUUCGGCUGAGGAGAGCAGCCCCCAUCCGGUAAAGCCUCUGACCAGCACAGCAGUGCCGGGAGAGAAGAAAUCAGUGCUGGAGAAACUGCGCUCCACUAUCCACCCUGGACGCUCCACACAGCAGAACAUGGCUGAGCCGGAGAAACCACCGGUGUGGAUGUCAGAGGCCCAUGCUCACUACCAGACUCUGAGUAACAUGGAGCUGAUUGCUCUUCUGCUGCAACAGGAGAUGGAUGCAGAGAGACAGAGGGCAGAGUCCGAGCUCCAGGCCACGCUGUUAGAGAAGCGUGAGGCCGAGCUGAAGAAGCUAAAAGUCCAGGUGCGAGAUCUGGAGGACUACAUCGAUAAGCUGCUGGUGCGCAUCAUGGAGCAAACACCCACCUUGCUGCAAAUACGCGCUCGCCCCAAAUGAUGUGUGCUUCACCUGUGCGAACUACAGCUGACAUUUGCAAUCCUCAAAACAGUCACAGUACUCUCCCGUCCACCAGUCAAGCUUUGCAAACAUCAUUUUAGACUAUACAAUGCCAGUCACUGGUACAUUAUUCCACCAGUGAGUUUUAAUGUCAUUUACUGUCUACCGACUGAGAAAACAUUGAGAAGUGUAGUGAAAAUAUACCUCCAAAAUUCCAAUAGUAUCAAUUUGCAUAUGUGACAUGUAUCCAUGACUUCUAAGAUUUUUACAACAACACAGAAAACUUGUCAAGACCGAAAAUUGCAAAUCAAACACUGCCUAUAGAGAAGAACUAUUAAUUGCUCUUAUACCCAGGCACUGGAAGAUCAUUUAUUCGUUUUUAACUAGUCGAAAAAGCUUAAUAAAACAGUAAGGACAGUCAUGUACAUGAUACGGCCAAAAGUUUAUGGACACCUGACCAUUACAUGCAUAUGUGCUUUGUAAAUAUAUCGAUUCCAGAUUUAGCAUCGGCCGUGCGAUGGACGGGCGACCUGUCUAGGGUGUACCCCUGCCUUUCGCCCUAUGUGCGCUGGGAUAGGCUCCAGCAGACCCCCGUGACCCUAAUUAGGAAUAAGCGUGUAUAGACAAUGGAUGGAUGGAUGGACAGAUUUAGCAUCCAUUUGCUGUUAUAAUAACCUCCAUUUUUCUCUGAAGGAUUUCCACUAUGUUUUGGUGAAUGGAUUUCAGAUACAAGAGUGUUAGUGAGGGUAAGGUCCUGAUGUGAAGAGAUAUUAUAAAGCUACAGCAUACAAAGACAAGCGACAACAGCUGUGCGCCUCCAACUAUGCGGCAACAUUUUGUGGAAUAUUUCUGUGAUGGUCAGGUGUUCACAAAUAUUUAGCUAUAUGGUGAAUUUCUGUGUUUUUCCUUCAGCUUUUCUGCAUUUCAGAUCCUUACCAAUGUUUCCCAAGAACAGUCUGUGUAGUAUCCCAGUGUGCUUGUAUGCUGUCUUCUUGCUUGAAUGGAUUUUGAGCAAUCCAGGAAAAAAAAAUAUUGUUGUGUUUUCUUCCAUGAACACUGCAGUGAAUCGUUCAGUUUUGUGCUUCCGAGCGUUUCAGAUGAAUUAGAUAUUCUCAGGUUGGUCAACCAAAAACAAAAUGUUAAUGUGAAUUUUGUCCUGACCAUCCAAAAGAUACUGGAUGCAUAAUUCCCAUUAUAUGUCUGUAAAUAUUGCUACCAUUGAGAUUAUUUACAGAUAUACCUACACUGUAUUAUGCAGUGACUUGCUGCUUGAGACAGUCAGCUUCUUCCAUAAUAUCUUGACCAAAUGAAAGCAUGUUUCUCAUCGCAAGUGAGUACUUAAAAACAAAAAAAGCACCUACAUUUAAGCUAUGCAAUAAUAUAGGCUAGGCAUCACACAGUAGUUGGUCAUCACAUUGUUAUAUAUCAUAGCUGCUUGCUGUAAGAGUAGCUAGAUUUGCAAAGUAGAAAAUAACCAUUAAGUAACCACAGGAGCCUACAUUCAGAUUGUUAAAGAAUGUAAUGACGACUGCUCUUCUUCAAAAGACUUCUUAAUGAUUCAGACGUUCAUUGAAUAUUAUUUUGACUUAGACCUUUUCAUUGUUUGGAUUUUUUUUAAAUACAGUAUUAACCCCGCAUCUAUAUGUCUGUUAGAUUGUCUUAACGUUUAUUUACAUUUCGCCAAAGCUUUUAUUAAGACAUUAUGUUUGCAGAUGCAGUGGGUUGAACUGUAUUAUUGAAUGCUGAAGAAGGUAAACCUUAUCGUUGUGGGAAGGUUUGUAGAGUAAAUAAUUUUAUGCUAAGUUUAUUCAGUUGCUUUUCUCUGUUGAUUGACAGAAUGUUAAAAAAAAAAAAAAACGGUUGAACAAUUCCGGUAAUGUUAUGGCUGAAGCCAUUAGAGCACUGUGAGAGUUCAUUGUUGAAUUUGUCUACAAAUGAUAAUUUUGUUACGUAGCUUUUCCAGAACAUUCCCAAUUGUGUUUUACCGAGUCUUAUUUAUUCCAGGUUGUUUCAUUUUCCAAAAAAAAAAAAAAAUAAUA